AUUCUUAUAUUAAUCAAUCAAUCGAAGUGCCCAUUYUCUCUCGGCUUGCAGAUUCCUUGUCUUCUUCAAGCUCAAAACCCUCGAAAUUUCAUUAGAAUCCGCGUUAAGGAGGGCAAGACCUGCUUCCUUCUGUUCCUGCUGAGUUGCUUCCCGUGGGGUUUUCAAGUUUGCGGGCCUUAUCGAGGAGUUGCGGCGUUUCUCCAUCUCUUUUUCCUAUCUGGUUGGCUAAGGCAUGGUGAUGGAUAUCCGGUUUAAUUUAUGACACCAAAAUGAUUCCGUUAAGGGAUUUUUGGAGAAGGCAUAAGAGGAAGAUUUUAAUCACAGCUGGUGUUUUGGGAAGUGGGUAUUUUCUUUACAGACAAUAUGAUGCUUAUAGUCGAAGGCUUCAUGAUAUCCAGAGAGAGUUGGCUAAUGAACGUGAAGCAGAUGAGCUCAUUAAGGCUCAAAUACAAGCUCAUUUUGAGAAUAUUCAAAGGAUAGCUGACACGACAACACUGCCUCAUGCUAUACGACAUUUACAUAGUCGGAUAGAAGAAGAUUUGGAUCUUUCUCACCUGACAGAGAGGUUAAUGAUGGGGAAGGGUCAGCCAAACACUUUGACAUUGGCUGAGAAACUUGAUUUAUGGGAAAACCUCAAAAUACUAAGCUUCACAAAGAUGGUUAUAUCACUCUGGGCAAUAACCGUGUUAAGCUUAUACAUUAGAGUUCAAGUCAACAUAUUAGGAAGACAUAUGUACAUUGAUACUGCUCGUGGUUUUGGUAGCUCCCAUUUACUUGAGGAGGCUGAUCUCAUCGAUAGGGACGACCAGCAGAAAUUUCUAGCCAUCUCUGAUUUCCUCUCCAAUUAUGGUUUGAAUGCCUUGAUUCCUAAAAUGCAGGUAGCAGUAGCAGAAGUUCUCAAGAGAAAACAGUUGCGAGAUGUCUUUAACACAACUAUACUUCGCGAAACUACAAUGCAAAUAAUCAAAAUCUUCAUGAGCACAGGAAGUCCCCAUCAUUGGUUGGACUACUUGAUGCCUGAGGACAAUCAAUCAAAUAUUAAAGCCGUGCUCUCCACCGAUGAGGAUGCAGCUGAUCCAAAUUUUAAUAAGUUUGACCAACUUAUGAUGGAGACUAGAGCAGUGUUACUAAGUGCCGAAUUUGGGAACGUAGUGGAGAGAUCGUUAGAAGCAGGAGCUGAUGGAUUGAUGGAAGAAAUGGAGGCUUCGCUUGCAGGAGGCAGCAGUAGGACAUCAGGGAUACCACUGGCAAGACUUGUGCCAAGAGUUGCCCAGAUGGGGCCAUUGCUCCUUGAAGAUCCAAUCAAAAGUAGAUUCAUCCAAAUGAUAAGAGGUAUACCAGAAGCGGAAAUCUUCUUCACUCUCCUCUAUGCAAAUAUGCCUGCCUCCUAGAAAUAAAGGCCCUGGCCAUGGCUUUGCAUCCACAUUCUUGCCACUUCAUUAUUAGGUUCUUGUUUUGCUGUGGGGUURCACAUCUUUGUAAAAAUGUCUCUGGCUUCCUUCGGCCUUGGCUUGGAUCCUUGGAACCUUCACAAUUUGAAAGGAGAACUUGGGGUAAGAUGGUGAGAAUUUAYUUGAUAAUAAUUUUUGAAAUUCUUUCGAUUCAA